UCUCACUCCCUGGUGACAUCCAGCUCGUCUUCGGUUCAGAAGCAACGACGUGUGCGUUGUGAAUCGCUCUUGGUUUGCGUUUAUCUGCGCCGAGAGAUGUACGCACAGUGGUGGUCGUGAGAGAUGUACAGUACGUUGCCUCUCCCCCCCCCUUGGCGACGAGGGCGGCAUUGGAUACCCCUGUCGUUCCGAUGUGACAACAAGAGGUUUUAAGGUAAUCGACGUAACCGACCACAUAGGAAUUUUCUAAUUGCUUGCUAUUCAGGGCCAGCACUCCCGCUUUGACCUCGCCCGACAGUCUUGCAGCGCUCUCUUUGCGACCAUCGAUCCAUCUCGUCUCCGUCUCUCCAUCUCUUCUCAUCUCUCAUCUCUCAUCUCUCAUCUCUUUCCUCUUCACUCCUUCACGCUCCCUCCUCCUCACCCCCCUUCACCUUCAUCCACGGACAAGCGCGCGCCCCGCGCCGCUGACCGCUCGCCAGCAUGACCUCUCCGUCCAACUCGGAGGCGCUCGGCCUCUCCCUCCCCAGCCGCCGCAACGUGACCGUCACCCGCCGCCUUAGCGUCCACUCAGACGAGGACGACGAUGCCGUCGCUCCUCUUUCGAGAAACUCGCUCGAGGGCACCCGCCGAUACUAUAACAUCGAUGGCGGAGUUAGUGGUGGCGCAUCACCAGCUCGCGCUCGCAAAAUUAGCAACACAACAAACCCUAGACCUCUCUCCAACACCCCCUCCGAGACUUCCAUCGGCGCAGCUCUGCGCUCGCCGACCCGCGGCGGCGCUGUUCCCCUCCCGACUCCGCGGGGCUUCCUUGCUCCGCAGAAGCCCGCUGCUGCGCGCCGCCUGGAGCAGCGCGAGCGCAACACCAGCGUCAGCACAACCGGGCGCGUCAGCACCGACGUCCGUCCCAGUGCCGACUACAGACCGUCCCUCGACACUUUCCGGCGGCCCUCGCCGCGUCCCUCCGCCGAUUACCGACCUUCCUUCGACGCAUCAAUUGGGCCCCCCUCGGGUGGUGCCGCGACUCCCAACAUGAGCGAGUACAGCCACGACUCCCGAGCUACUGGAGUGACGGGUGCGAGCUUCCACACCGCCGUGUCUGGCAUGUCCGCCGCGACGUUCCACACGGCUGCUACCGCUGGGUCGCCCCAGGUGCCGUUUACAAGCAGUUUUGGCCCGCCCAGCUUGUCGCGCGGACCAUCACCCGCCCCAGGUCCUCUUGCAGCGCAACAACCUCAGUACGGCAACCAACUGCAGCGCGGCUCGCGCCCACAGACGGCUCCCAAAGCUGAGCGCGAAGCACCGGCCUUUGGCUCUGGUACCGCAUCCUCACACAGGCCAGCAACAGCGAACGCGGCAGGUAGUACGACUGGGACUGAAGUUGCCAUCCGCCAACCCACAUUUAACGUGGUUGCGCGCGACACGGAGACGGAAACGAUACCUGAGCCACCCAGCGCAUCACACCCCCAGCCGUUGCCUGGCACACCCUCGCGCCCGUCGGGAACGGACAGUGGGCACGGGGAGGGCGUUUGGGAUCGGCAAACUGACGCGUCAUCACCAAGUCGAGGGCACGGCGCGAGCCUACACCACGACUUGUCAAGUGACUACUUGGUCGACACGCUGGGCGUGCUGGGCGAGAAGCGGCUCAGCCAGCGGAGAGCAUCACCAGCCAAGGCGUCCAAGUCUCCCAGUCUCGUGCAGCAGGCCAUGCUUGUCACGAAUCGGCGGCGAUACACCGAGUUUGAGAACAAGAACUCGACAUUCUUCUGCGGUGGCCGCCUGAUGACGGGAGGAGACACUCCGCUCUCCUUCAUCCUUUCCGUCAUCCUGCUACUCGGCGUGAGCGGCCUGUGGCUCGGCACGACAGGGGUAUGGCUCUGGAAGCACGCCCACGAGUACGGCAUGGCGCGUGGCGCAGGCAUUGCGAUCACAAUCGUUUUCGUAUACCUCUUUGGGUUGACCACCUCGAGCAUGGCGGCCGCGUCAUUCCGCGAGCCGGGCAUCCUCCCCCGCGACCUCGACAUGGACCCACCCUACACACCUGUGGACAUAUAUUGGGAGGCGAACCCGCGCGAAAUCCUUGUUGGACGAGACGGAAAGGACAAGGUCCAGUGCAAGUACUGCGAGACAUGCCGGAGCUAUCGACCGCCUCGCUGCUCCCACUGCCGUCUCUGUGGCAACUGCGUGGAGGGUAUCGACCACCACUGCGCGUAUUUGCACAGCUGUGUGGGGCGGCGCAACUACUUUGCCUUCCUGGUGUUCGUCAUCUCGACGGCCGUAAGCGACAUCUACGUGGUCGUCUUCUCCGCCCUCCAUUUCUCCAUGCUGUGCGCCCACGACGGCAUCUCCUUCAAGCAGGCGCUUGAGGAGAGCCCCGGUGCUGCUGUCUCCUUUGGCUUGGGCAUCCUCACCCUUGCCCCCGUCCUCUUCCUGCUCUGGUACCACGUCCGCCUCCUCCUCUACAACCUCACGACGAUUGAGCAGAUCCGCGCGUCCGCCUCUUCCAACCUCUUCAGAGCGACGCAGCGCCCGUACAACCCAUUUGCUGCGCCGACGCGCUGGCAGAACAUUAUCCGCGCGUCCAUCGGGCGCCCACAGGUCCCCUCGUGGAUCGACGCCGCCGGCUAUGUCGUCCAGGACAACCGACGCGUCAACCCCGCCUUGACCACGCCUGAGAAGUAUCUCGAGCUGGUGUAGGCUGUAAUCGUGACUCGUCUUGUACCAUCCACCGUCUGUUAUUGGGUUGCAUCUUUGUCAUCUGGGAGUGGAGUAGGGGCGUGAGGUUGUGUAGUGGCUGACGCAUAUAUUGCACGUUGCUACAUUUGCUCAUCGU